AUGCUACGUAGAGUAUAGUCUAGUCGGAGGGAGGUGGGGCUGAAGUCUACGUACAGUUGGACGUCAAUUUGGACUCUUCCUCGUGCUGCGACCGUAUUCCCUUUUUUUCUCAAAGAAUGCAGUCCGUGAGAGAAGCAUGGGAUGUGAUUUUGAACAGCAGCCGUUGUGCGGAAUUCUCCGCGUCAGGCUUCUUCGAGUUGUUUUUGCUCUCAUGAGUGCAUAUUAGGGCCUGAACUUGUUGGAUACAUGCUGGAUUGGCGGAAAUGAAAGACAGAUAGAUGCUGGAAAUGUUGAGUUGGUUAAACGAGAGCAAGCUUUAGCAAAAGUUGGAGAUCCCCUCCACUCACCAAGAAUUUAUCGGGCGGCGUCGGCAGGAGCCCUUCUAUUAAGUGCAUGUGAUUGAGACGCGUUCGUUGCGAAGAUCCACCAGUGGUCAUGUUUCUCACGAAGCCCACAUUCAUAGGUCAAUCGAGAAUUUAGUGGUAUCAUAACUUGUGUUCAAGCUGUAGUCUCGGAUAUUGAUUGCAAAUUGGACAGUACGGGAGAUGGCAACUCAAGCGCAGGGGCAGCAUAUGUUACAGCCUCAGGGUCAGAGUCAGCCUCCAGGGAAGGAAAGUUUAGCCCCAGUCUUGCAGCAGCUGAAUUUGGCGUCACUGAGGACACGAACUCAAGAUCUUCACAAUGCAAUAGGACGCAUCCUUCACACUUUUCACACCAAUCCCUCUCUCAAAUGGUCGGAGGUGCUCGGCCAAUUUGCGAUGGUGAACGUGGAGUUGCUGAACCUUAUUGAUGAUGUAAAACCCAUCCUGAAAAUGUUUGUGGUCUAUCCUAAAACUGUCAAUGCUGAAAAUGCGCCAAUUCUGCCCAUCAUGUUGUCAUCAAAGCUUCUACCGGAAAUGGAAGCAGAGGAAGCGACCCUGAAAGACAAGAUAUUAUCCAAUAUAUCGAAUUUCAGUAUGACUGCCCAGUCUGAGAAUCUGCAGAGGCAAAUAGAAUCAGUUCGUUCUGCAUGUGACCUUGCUGAGAAGGUCAUCACAGAGGCACGAAAGGUUUAUGGACUGGGAACUCGACAAGGACCUGUUGCUCUUGCUACUUUAGACAAGCUUAACGUAGCUCGAAUCGCAGAGCAAGAGAAACAGCUACGAGUAGCAACCAAUUAUGGUGAAGGGCUGAGGUCGUCGUCAUCAGAUCAGCAACAGCAGACAACAGUUCUUCCACCGCACUUGGCAUCUGUGUUGCCCACUCCAGGAGAUGGGCGUACAGGAUUCCCUGAUGGAGGAUUCGUGAAGACAUCUGCGGCACCUGUUUUACCUCCAACCGGUCUUGUUCGAUCAGCUGCUACACCUCAGCAAAGUUCUGUACCUCAGGUUACAGCCCGUGUUCAGACUCCAUCACAGCAGAUUGCUGCAGGUGUUUCCGCUGCAUCUCCCUCCCCAGCACCUUUUGUCAAUUCUCCAAGGUCUACUGGCACAAACUUCAAUGUGCCUUCACCACAGCAACAACAAGCCCAGCAGUCACAACUUGCAUAUUUACAAAAAAUGAGGAAUCAACAGAACCUAGUGAGACAGCAGCAGCAGCAGCAACAACAGGCACAUUUGCAGCAGCAGCAGCAACAGCAGCAACAACAGCAACAACAACAGCAGCAGCAGCAACUAAGGAGACCUGCUACACCUCCUAUUCCCCAGGUAGGAGUUCAGCCCCAAGCGCAAGUUGCACAGCCUUUAUUACAUCAACAACAGCAGCAGAAACUGCAUCAUCUGCAACAGCAAAAUCAUUUGCAGCAGUUGCAACAACAUCAGGCUCAGCAACAACAGGCCCAAAUUCAGCAGCAAUUGCAAGCUCAGCAGGAUCGCCAUUCCCUCCAACAUCUACAAGCACAGCAACAACAACAACAAAACUUGCAGCAACUGCAGACAGCAUCGCCGAUGAUAACGUCAAACACUCUGCAGCAAGGAAACCAAGUUCGACCUCAAAUGGGCCCCUUGGCGAACUCCAUGACUUCGCUCUACGGGGGAGGAACUAAUAGCCUUCUAACAUCUAACAUGUUUCAGCAGGGGAAUAUGUCAACCAAUCAGAUUUCCGCGAAUCAACCUCAGCGAAACGUUUCAUCACAGAUGCUUACAGACUCUAUGUAUAUCGGAGCUGGAACUCAAAUGGCUCAAGGCACGUCCACCUUGGGUUUGCCAAUGCAACAGCAACUCGGGAAUCAGCCAAAUUAUAUGAACAUGUUCAACAACGCAACACAAUCAAAUUUUGGCCAAAAUAGGCAACAACCCCCACCUUCCUGAGACUUGUACGGAAUGCGAGAGGCGCAGCGUUAUAGAGUUCGAACUUGCACGCUCUUUACUUUGUAUUGUAACUAAAUUUGUACUUCGUGGAAGCUCAUCUACGUCGACACAUAAGCUUUAAAGAAGUCUAGUGAGGAAAUGAUGAUUCUUGAUAUAUCCUUGGCCUCUUUUGACGUUGGGUUAAAUAAUAUCAGAAUCUAGGGACGUUGGGUAUUGACUCUUCUACCCAGCUGAUUUCGACACCGUGAUGGACGCUAAGGACGUCAUAAUUUUUUUGCAGAGCAGUUUAUCCUCCCUGUGGUUUAAGUUGCUUCGAGUAAUUGUUUCUUGAUAGCUACAAGGUGAUCCGUGUAUAGAGUAUACGCUACUUGUUGUACUGCUCGAGCUUUUCGCUCACUCAGGAAAUUAACACUUUUUCAGUUUGCGCUUUGUGCCUAUGCUGGAAACUUUUUGCUUUCGG